GAAUGAUUCCAAUUCCAAACAACAAUGCCUCCAGAACAGUGGAUUCGACCCGGAGAUUUUUAGAGUUCCGAUGGGCCAUGCCGCGGUGGCGACGACGGCCGCGGGAGUGGCGCUGCUGCUGUACUGGGUGCUGAGACGGAGGAUGCCAGAGAAGGCGGGGGACAAAGGGAUGGAGACGAGGAAGAGUUUCUUCCGGCUGCCGGCCCAGCCGCCGGCGACGUGGUGGGGUGUGGUGGAGACGCUGGCAGAGACGGUGCGGUUCACGUACUCGGAGACGUUGGGCAAAUGGCCCGUCGGGGAUCUGGCGUUCGGCAUCAACUAUCUUAUGAGGCAGCAGGGUAAUCUACAAGUUGCAAGAGUGUAUGCUGGAAAUAAUUGCACAGAACUGAAAGGCCGUGAAGUUAUGGUGGAGUUGAUUCAUCUCUUAAGGUUGCUAAACCUUUGCAUGUGGUUCUCAAAGAAUCCAUUUCCAGUAUUCUUGGAGUAUGCUGGGUAUUCCCAAGAAGAUGUCCUUCUUCAAGAGCCUAAGGCAGGGCUUCUGAAGCCCUCAUUCGCAAUUUUACGUGAUAGAAAUUCCAAAUGUUUUCUUCUCUUAAUCCGAGGAACGCAUAGCAUUAAGGAUACACUGACAGCGGCAACGGGUGCAGUCGUUCCUUUUCACCAUUCAGUUUUACAUGAAGGCAUUGUCAGUAGUCCAGUCUUAGGCUAUGCACACUGUGGGAUGGUUGCUGCAGCUCGUUGGAUUGCAAAAUGUACCACCUCCACGCUCCUUAAGGCAGUUAAUGAAUAUCCAGAUUUCAAUAUCAAGAUCAUUGGGCAUUCACUUGGUGGUGGCACUGCUGCACUUUUAACAUAUAUUCUUCGGGAACAUAAAGAAUUCUCAUCAAGCACAUGUGUUACUUUUGCUCCAGGCAUGUAUCUACUGAACAUUAAAUCUUGUCUUGAUCUAAUGAAUAAAUAUAUGUCUCUUUGUCAAAUAAGGGAUUGUAGAAUUGGGACAAGGGUUGAUGGUUAUGGUUAUCUAAAAUUUUGUUCUUUUUCAGUUUGUGUAUCUGGCCUCUUUUAG